GCUAUCCAAGUUGCAGUCAGCUGAGGGGUUGCAACUGACUUGGAAUGGUACUUGUUUAGGUUAACGUAUCAGUGGCACUUUGACAGGCAGGCUAUUUACCUCAGAAAACGACACAGCCGUGCGGGUUUAAUUUCCCUUCAUUUCGUUGUCGACCUCAUAGGGUUUUGGAUCUUGCCCUGGAAUGGAACCAUGGAACUUAAACCAGCGUGGAAACUAGGACUGCCUUGAAAUCUGGUCGCGGUCGUUCAAUGAAUUUUCCUCUCCAUCGUAGGAGAGUGCUGCGAGAGAGAGGGCUACUCACGCAGACGGGAUACCGCAGAAGUCUCUAAGAGCGGAAUUACACCUCAAGAAAAAAACGGCUGGCGUCUACAGAAUUCGGUGGUCCCUCUCCAGGAAACGAGAGUAAACAAAUUACCCAAGGGUGUUUGCAGAAUAAACAAUAAACGCUGGGUAGAAAAUGGAGACGGUCAUGGAGAGAGAGUGCAGUGCGCUUGGAGGACUUUUUCAAACAGUAAUUGGCGACAUGAAGAGCAGCUACCCAGUAUGGGAGGACUUCAUCAGCAAAGCUGGAAAACUGCAGUCCCAGCUCAGGACAACAGUGGUGGCGGUGGCCGCCUUCCUCGAUGCCUUCCAGAAAGUGGCCGACCUGGCGACCAGUAGCCGCGGAGGCACCAGGGACAUCGGUUCGGCCCUGACCAGGAUGUGCAUGAGGCACAGAAGCAUUGAGGCCAAACUCAGGCAGUUCUCCAUGGUGUUCAUCGACUGCCUGAUCAGCCCUCUGCAGGAGCAGAUGGAGGAGUGGAAGAGGGUGUCCAACACGCUGGAUAAGGACCAUGCCAAAGAGUACAAAAAGGCCCGCCAGGAGAUCAAGAAGAAAUCAUCCGACACGCUCAAGCUGCAGAAGAAAGCCAAGAAAGGGCGCGGGGACAUUCAGCCGCAGCUGGACAGUGCGAUGCAGGACGUGAGUGACAAGUACUUGCUGCUGGAGGAGACGGAGAAGAUGGCGGUCAGGAAGGCCCUGAUUGAGGAGCGCGGACGCUUCUGCACAUUCGUAUCCAUGCUGCGGCCCGUAGUGGAUGAGGAGAUGUCCAUGCUGGGAGAGAUCACCCACCUGCAGACCAUUUCCGAUGACCUGAAGGCUCUGACCAUGGACCCACACAAGCUGCCCCCGUCCAGCGAACAGGUAAUUGUUGACCUGAAGGGUUCAGACUACAGCUGGUCCUACCAGACGCCCCCGUCCUCCCCCAGCACCACAGUGUCCAGGAAGUCCAGUAUGUGCAGCAGUCUGAACAGUGUGAACAGCAGUGACUCUCGCUCCAGCGGUUCGCACUCCCACUCUCCCACCUCCCACUACCGCUACAGGGGCUCCGCCCCGCCACAGCAGGGGCCCGGACGCCUACCCAGUGUCUCCUCUCACGACUCGGGCUUCAUCUCACAGGACGCCUACCAGUCCAAGUCGCCCUCGCCCAUGCCCCCCGAGAACGCCCCCCAGUUAUCAAACGGCUAUGACCAUCACCGACCCCCUGACUCGCCCUGCCAAAGGGAGGAGUACUCUCCCCUGGACCAGCCUCAGCAUCCACAUCAGCAGUACCCGCCCCCCAUGCCCAUCCACUCCCACUUCCCCUUCCCCCCUCCCUCUCCCUUAACCUCCACCUCCACCUCCACCCUCUCCUCCAUGUCUGCCACUGCCCCCCCCACCCCCACCCCAUCGCCGAGCUCCCCCUCCCCGCUGUGGCCCUGGUCUCGUCCGGGCUCGUCGGUGAUGGGCGCCGACUACCCCCCCUACGGCCCCCUGGCGCCGGGCAUGAUGCCCUUCUCCUCCAGGGUGCCCAGCUGGAAGGACUGGGCCAAGCCUGGGCCGUAUGACCAGCCCAUGGUGAACACCCUGAGGAGGAACAAGGAGAGGCAGAGGGAGCCCACGGACCCCACCAGUCCCCAGGCUGGAGAGGCCGGCAGUGCUGCAGAGGACCCCCAGAGGCCCAGGACCGUCAACACUACCACUACUCCUAAGCUGGAGGAGGCGGAGGUGCAUGAGGAGUUGUCCAUGGCUCUGAGCAGAGGCCUGCAGCUGGACAUCCAGCACUCCAGCAGAGACUCCCUGCAGUGCUCCAGCGGCUACAGCACCCAGACCAACACACCAUGCUGCUCAGAGGACACCAUCCCCUCACAAGUGUCAGACUACGACUACUUCUCGGUGGGCGGUGAUCAGGAUGGUGACCAGCAGGACUUUGACAAGUCCUCCACCAUCCCGCGCAACAGCGACAUCAGCCAGUCGUACCGCCGCAUGUUCCAGGCCAAGCGGCCCGCCUCCACCACUGGCCUGCCGUCCAACCAGGGCCCGGUCAUCCUCACGCCGGGCGUGGCCACCAUCCGUCGCACGCCCUCCUCCAAGCCAAACCUGCGCCGGCCCUCCGGCGGCCUGGGCCUGGGGCCCAUACCCAUCCGCACCCCCAUGAUCCCCGUCAAGACCCCCACAGUGCCCGAGUUGCCCUGCCUGCCCUUCAGCGAGGAGAGCGAGACGGGCUCGUCGCCGUCCGGCAGCCCCGCGGGAUCGCCCAUUAUGGCACAGGCAGGAAGCGCCACCUCCACCGCUAACGCCACCAAUACGGCUACCAGCAGUCCAGGAUCCUCUCCGCAGGCGCACGUCCCAGUGGAGCCCAAUGGUGGUGGUGGUAUUGGUGAGGCUGGUGGAGGUGUGGAGGGGGAUGAGGCGCCUGGGAGCCCCCAGGGAGACAACAUGCUGCUGGCCAUCCGCCGAGGGGUGAAGCUGAAGAAGACCAUGACCAACGACCGCUCGGCCCCGCGCAUCGCCUGAGAGCCUCCGCGGCCACCUAACACGACUACAGCUGCUGCUGCUGCUACACAACGCGGGCUGUAAGCAGUGAUAUAAAGUGUUGGUUGUGGGGUGUGAGGUGGGUUUGGUGUCUGAACAUGUAGCAAAAGGGUGAGGAUGUGUUACACGACUGCCGUGUAUCCAUGCCUGUAUAAGUAGGAGAGGACAUGUGGGGCCUAUUCCAAAAAGGUGGUUUCGUCACUAACCCAGCUAAAUUAAGCCAGAGUGAGCUGUAAAUGUACUACUAGUAUAAGACACUUAAGGUGUCAGUUAAAAUGACAAGAUUUACCACUUGCUCUGAGUUAAAGGUGAGGUGAGGGUGUGCACAUCUCAGGAAAUGGUGCAGGACAUAGGCUAACUGGAGGCAUGGGGUGAGGAGUUCGCUUUUUCCCCUUUUUUUUACUAUUCCAUGGCAGGAUUAUGUUCUCUCUAUGUGAAUAUGAUGACAAAAGUCAAAACGUAAUCCUACCAUGGAAUAAUAAAAAUCAAGAAAAAAGGAUUUUCAGUGUGCGGACUCCUCACUCCAAACCACUUGUUUUGAGUUAACAUACCCCGGUAAGUGACUAAGUCUGCUUUCUGGAAUAUGCCCAUUGUCCCCUGUCUGAAUGAGGUGGUGUGAGAUAUAUAUAUUUGUGUGUCGGUCUGUGAGAAGGGAGGGAGACUGGAGCAUUUGAUUUUAAUAUUUCCAUGACUUUUCAGAAAAUAGACAAAAGGCUCUGUCUUUGUUUUAUGUUUUUUUUCAUUUGUACAUAAGUAAUUCUAAUUCUAUUUUGAAGUGUUAUAUAGUAUGUUUAUGUUUUUUCUUUGUUUUGUCACUGAAGCUCCAUUUGUUGAACACCCCUGCUCUGGAAAACAAAAAGGUGCCAAAACGUUUUUUUUUUUCUCCCUUCCAACAGUCAUUUCUCUUUAUAGGAUUUAUCUUUUCUGUGAAAAUGCCAGAGAUUAAAUAAAAAGUGAAGCUACGUUACCGUUUAGGAUGGACAAUCUACUAGCCUAGGGGGGAAAAACAGAAAUUAAGAUAGUGCACUAGGAAUCCGACAGAACGGCAAUAUGGCAUCUUCAUCUGAAGUCUCUUGUGAACUUCCUAUCUGGUCCCCCCUUUGAUAUGGUCCUAUAAAUGAGCAUGCACGCCCAGACAUGCAGACUCUUUUCUACGACCAGUCUUUUCUGAAGACAGGGAGAGCGAGAUGCACCACAGGCAGUUGAUUGGGUACGGUGGUACUGUAAAUAGAUUAAAAGCUUAUCUAAUUACUUUGUAUCUUUCGGCUGAAAUGUGGAUAAGAAGCAAACAUGAUUAUGUCAGAGUUAUUUCAAAACUGAAGCUUUAGUAUCUCUUCAUCCCCAUCACGUCAAAGUAAACACAUCUGUUUUCAAUACAAUGCACUUCAUUGGAGUGACACACUUUGACACUAGCUGAAGUGUAGAUGAACCCAAGGAUGUUUGAAAGGCAAUAGCCUCGCUCAACCCAAGGUCAAACAGUACUUUUAAGUUGAAGUUUGGAGAUGAACAUGUGUGCCGAUAACUUUCAGGGGGCUAUCAAUCAAUUAUAGAUAGCCCCCUGAAAGUUAUCGGCACACAUGUGCACUUGAGCUUUUCAAUAGACUGACUUUUAUAUCUUUCUGUUACAUCAUAGGGAGGGAAGAUGUCGCCAUCACCUAAUCUUCAUUAACUGGUGAAAAUGUACAUUUUUAUAUGGGAAGCUACUUCAGUUUAAGCUUUGUAUUUUCAAAAGGAAUUCUUCUCAUACCUACAAAUAUUGUAACUUAUUUACACACAUGUAGCCCCCCUGCAAGGACAGGAGGCCUUUGAAGAAAGUACAUUUCUCCCACAACCACCACAUCAGUUAAGUAUUCAUCACCUCUCUGACGCAAGACCAUAACAGUCUUAAUCUGCCCCCACCCACCCUAUUUAAAGUGCUAGCUUGGCUACACUCGUCAACAUUAUGUUCUUCUCAUUUCAAAAAGGUAUAAGAGAAAUGUAUUUCUGCAUGUUGCUUUCAAAGUAUUAUUAAAGAGCAUUAAAAACUAUUUAUCCAGAUGAAUUCCCUUUCCUCCCCAUCUCAACACAUCCCCACUUUAGAACUGUUGAAUAUAUUUGUACAGCGACUGAGGUCUGUGCCGUUGUCCCAGAGAGAGGGCAGUCCUCUAUAACGUGUGUAGAAGCAGAGUAGCUGAUGCAUAUACGCCAUGCAUAUGAUGCUGACCUUUUGACCUGUCUGCACCUGUGUGGUAUACUGUCUUGAUUACGACCUUAGUGGUUUAACUAUAAAUGUCAAACGACUCUAGCCGUCACUGUGUUUUCUUUCUCUCUUUGUUUUGUUUUGAUUUUUUUUUCCAGAGUACAGCUGUUUAGGUAAGUUGCCAAAUGUUACCUUUGUAUAAAAAAGAACAAAAUAAUCCAGAUAUCGAAGAGGACAUAAGUUUGUGUUUCUAACCCAAUGUUAUAAAGCAGGUGAUCAGACGUCAGGAUUUCUUAGACACUGUUGCUAACGCUCGCUUCAGUACCUUGUCUGUGUAUGAAGAGUUGAUUUUCUUUUGUUUAUAUGUUUUAUAUCUGGUCUUCUUCGGCCUUUCAAAGAUAGUACCCGUUUCUGUAGAUCUAUUCCUGUCAAACAGUUGAAUCCAACUUACAAAUAAAGGUGUUGAAAA